AUGUCACAGAUAAGUUCCGGCGGCUCUAGCGGGUCCGGAAGUGGUGCCUAUCCCCUUAAUCCUGCCAUGCAUCCUAUCAAGACAUCGAAGGAUAUUAAAAGAAAAGGAAAGCUUGUUUCGGAUCAUCAAGCUCCAAUCGAGAAGGCCAAAACUAACACAACGAAAAGUGAAAAAGAGUUUGUAAUUCGUGACGAACUGUUUGACACUGAAUGGUAUAUCGACAGUGGCUGUUCUCGUCACAUGACAGGAAGAAAGGAGGAACUGAAGAAUGGUGGACGAGUGAAGUUUGGGAAUAAAUCACUUGGAGACAUCAAAGGUUAUGGGAUCAUAACAAAUGGUGAAUUCUCAAUUCGUAAGGUUGCUUAUGUCGAGGGAUUAAAAGUCUCAUUUGACAACGAAGGUUCUGAGAUCAUACAAAAGAAAAACAAAGCAAUCCUUAUAAAAUCUGAAUGCAAAGGUGGGAUGUGCUUCAUCUUUAAUUUUAAAGAAAAGAGGAACAAAUUUGAUGUGAAAGCUGACGAAUCAAGUAAAAUCCUUGAAGCUUAUAGGAAACUCCCUGUUUCAAGCUUUCGUCCUUUGACACUAGAGAUGCAGUCAAUAAUUGAUGAAGUCGAUAAACCAAAGAAAGGAGGGCAUAAGGGGCACAAGAAAGUGGAAAAGAAACAAAAUGCUAAAGAGGUGGAGGAGCCUAUUCAAACCGAAGACACUACAACAACUUCUCAACUAGAGGUUUCGCAACCUAUUUCCAGUGCUCUUGAGGUAACUGUCGAGAUUCAUGUCUCAGUUCCAAAUUUUACUGCUUUUGUUGAGAAUGUUUCUGUUCCCUCUCAAACUGCCACCACUUCAACACCUAUCUCUAUCACUCCAUGCCCACUUGUCUCCUUGGGUGUUUCGCAACCUCCACCCAUUUUCACUGAUUCUACAACCACACCAGCAACAACUGUUGAGCCUCCUAUUUCUGUCAACGUAUCUGAUGCGGGGGCGGGAGCUUCAGGUCUCACAACUGGUCAUUCCACACCCCCAUUUCCCCUAUUCGCUACAAUGACCCAGAAAUGA